CAGGGCUGUUUUAAAUAAUUUCCGAGUGUUUAGAACUCUACCCGUGUGACGUCAUCUCCCAGCGCCAGCAAGUUCCCCCCCCAUGCUGGUUUUGUGAUGAUGGUUGAUCUGGAGACUGUGUUCCUGCGGGAUCCUGGCUGUGUCCUGCCCCAGGGAUUCUGGGCAGCUGUCACUGUCUGGCUGGAGAAACCACAUGUGCUUAAUAAGCGACUUUGCGGAUCCACCACCCAGUGGAGGUGGGAAGUGAGCCCUGCAGUGCCUGCAGAGAGUCAGACUGGGCCAGGUGAAAAGGAAGAGCCAGAGGGGCUGGGUGGAGUGCUUGGUGCACUCUCUGGCAUCUCUAGUCCUGGGCAAGAUGGGGGUAUGCUGGAUAAGAUCAGAGGAUAUGGAGAGAGGGCAGCAGCCAGUGGCACCACCAUCACCCUAAGGACACUAAUCCCAAAGGCUAACCCUCACUAUCCAUCUGUUCACCCCAGGAGAGAAGCUGUGAUUCAAGAUAUUCCCAACAGACUUGUGACAUUUAUACCUCUGGAAGAACCAAAUUAUGGACAUUUCCAGGUCAAGAAAAAUAACAUUUAUCAAAUCCGUCUUGCACAUGUCAAGGAUGAUGAAUGGUCCAUCACUCUCUCCACGUUGUGUCCAGAAAGCUGGGCUUCCGAUGGUGUGGUUUACCCUAAAAUUUGCUGGAUGAGAAAUGAACUGCUAUCUAAGCUAGCAAAGUGGUCCACAGAGGACAAGAAAAGCGAGUUUAAAAGUACCCUAUCUCUAAUUGCUGUGGAUAAAUAUAGCACACUCUAUCAGCGCCUUAAGGAGAAAUACAAAGAGAUGGUGAAGGUCUGGCCUGAAGUUACAGAUCCUGAGAAGUUUGUUUAUGAAGAUGUGGCCAUAGCUACAUAUUUAUUGAUUCUUUGGGAAGAGGAAAGAUUACAAAAGAACCUCUGUGAAAAACAAUCCUUUGUGGAUUUGGGAUGUGGAAACGGUCUUCUUGUUCAUAUAUUGAGCAGGGAAGGGCAUCGAGGUCGAGGCAUUGAUGUGAGAAAAAGAAAAAUUUGGGAUAUGUACGGCUCAGAAACCAUCUUGGAGGAAUGUGCCAUAAAGCCAAGUGAUGAAUAUUUAUUUCCAGACACAGACUGGAUAAUUGGAAACCAUUCGGAUGAACUUACCCCAUGGAUUCCAGUUAUAGCUGCUCGCUCAUCUUAUAGUUGCUCCUACUUUGUGCUCCCAUGUUGCUUCUUCAACUUCUAUGGAAAAUAUAACCGAAAAUCUUGCAAGAAGACUCAAUACAGAGAAUAUCUUGAUUUUGUCACGGAAGUAGGCCAUCAUUGUGGGUUUAACGUAGAAGAAGAUUGCCUCAGAAUACCAUCUACAAAAAGGGUGUGCCUUAUAGGAAAGUCUAGGACAUAUUUACAUUCCCAAGAAGCGAUGAUUGAUGAACAGAGGAAAGAAUAUAUAAAGACUCAAUACUGCGACCCCUUAGAUUCUUCUAAUAAGCCCUCUCCUUGUGUUACGGAAAUGAAGGACCUCUCUGGGCAUCACGAUGGUCUUACAGACGUUGCUGAUGGACACGAAAGUUCCAACUCACUCAAAGAUUCUCCAGAAAAGGAACAUGGACAUUGGAUCUCCAACUUUCAGCCCCGGGAAAAAGUAGAACAAAUAAGGAACUGUGCUUUACUGCCAAGGGAUUUUAUAGACAAGGUAGUCCUGCAUGUAGCAACAUUAUUACUAAAAGAAGAGAAGAGUGAAAAUGUGGUUGAAACAAAUACUCCGUCUUGGAAUAAAGGUGGGUGCCUAUUAUUGCGUGAAGUAGCAGAAGAUUUGGGCAAAGAAACUUUGCAGAAGUUAAAAAAGGAAUGUGGUGGUUUACAAACACUGUUAAGGAACAAUCAUCAAGUAUUUGAAGUGAUUAAUUCAAAAGUUUCAAUUCGUGACUGGCGGAAAGAAGCGCAAACAGCGACCAAUAAGCGCAGAGAAGAAACCAAGAGGACGCUCUCUCCUGAAGUUUUAAAAACGCGUCUUUGUUGGUUUUAUGUCAACCACCCGAAUAGCUGCCCUCGCACUGCCGAAUCCUGUCCAUAUGCACACGGGAUGGAAGAACUUCGACCAAGUUCAACUACACAAAGGAAAAAGCUCAGACAAAAAUAAUCUAGUCGUUCAUUUAUUCCUUUGCUGACGAUCAAUCAAUUAAGCAAACAGACAUUAUUCUGUGAUUGUUAUUAGUCUUUUUAAUUAAAGGAUCACUAUAGUGUCAGGAAAACAAAGCGAUUUUCCCGACACUAUAGUGCCCUAAGGGUGCCCCCACCCUCAGGGUCCCUUACCUUAAUCCAGCGCCGGGUUUCCUCGGCGCUGCAGACCUCUCCU